AAGCACCUAAACGCAUCCGAAUGUGUUGUCAAUAUAAAUUACCCACAAAUCACUUGUAAAUAGUUUGUUUCAAUAACUUGUGUGUACAUUAAAAAGUGGUUCUGAACUAUAUUUCAGACAAAACAUGGCCACAGGAGAAUGUGUGAAAGUGAUAGUUCGUUGCAGGCCAAUGAACACAAGAGAAAAAGAUUUGAAAUGUGAAUGCGUUAUAAAAAUGGCAGCUGAAAGAGGCCAGUGUACGAUUGUGAAUCCAAAUGAUGCAAAAGCACCUCCAAAAAAUUUCACCUUUGAUGGAGCUUACUUCAUAGACUCAACAACUGAAAAUAUCUAUAAUGAGAUUGCAUACCCUUUGGUUGAGGGUGUAACAGAAGGUUACAACGGAACAAUAUUUGCAUAUGGCCAGACUGGAUGUGGGAAAUCUUUCUCAAUGCAGGGCAUUACUGAUCCACCAUCACAACGAGGCAUCAUUCCAAGAGCGUUUGACCACAUUUUUGAGACAGUGUCGCUUGCAGAGAAAACCAAGUUUCUCAUCCAUGCCUCAUACUGUGAGAUCUACAAUGAAGAAAUCCGGGACUUGCUUGGCAAGGACAUCAAAUGUAAACUAGAGCUGCAUGAACACCCAGAGAAAGGAGUCUAUGUCAAUGGUCUCUCCCAGCACACGGUGCACAAUGUGAUUGAAUGUAACAAGAUCAUGGAGAAGGGCUGGAAGAACCGCUCCACGGGAGCCACCUUGAUGAAUGCAGACUCUUCUCGCAGCCACUCCAUCUUCACCAUCAUGCUGGAGAUGAUGACACCCGAUGAAGAAGGGGAGGAGCAUAUACGAGCAGGGAAGCUAAACCUUGUAGAUUUGGCUGGGAGCGAAAGACAGGCAAAAACUGGUGCCACUGGCGACCGUUUGAAGGAGGCCACAAAGAUCAAUCUGUCCCUGUCAGCGCUGGGCAACGUGAUCUCUGCCCUUGUGGACGGCAAGUCUAAGCACAUCCCAUACCGAGACUCCAAGCUGACACGUCUUCUGCAGGACUCCCUUGGGGGCAACACUAAGACCCUUAUGGUUGCCUGUCUCUCCCCCGCAGAUAACAACUAUGACGAGACCCUCAGUACCCUCAGAUAUGCCAAUCGAGCCAAGAACAUCAAGAACAAGCCCAAGAUCAAUGAGGACCCUAAGGACGCAUUGUUGAGGCAGUACCAGGAGGAGAUUGAGAGACUCAAGGCCAUGCUCAUGGGUCAGAUCCCUGUACCAGAUGGCGGAUUCCAAGUGGGGAUGAUUGGGGAGUCUAGUCAGUCCCACAGCUCGCAGUCCAAUGAGGAUCAGGCUAGACUGCAGCUGGAGGAGGAAAAACAGAAAAUCAAAGAGGAGUACGACCUCAAGCUGUCCGAGAUGCAGGAACAGUAUGAGCAGGAGAAGGUGAGCAAGAAUAAACUGGAGCAGGACAUGAACAAGCUGAAGGCCUUCUACGACAACAAACUCAUCAACCUCAAUGUGCAGAUUGAAAAACUGCCCACAACCGCAGAAAAACGUAAUAUUGACCAUCAGCAAAUGCGUAUGAUGGCCUUCCAAAACUUCAUGGAAGCUUUCAAGAGUGCCAGUGACCCAAAUAAGGCCCUAAAGGGUUCAAGUAAAGAUGGUGAAACCUAUGGACGGAAGUCUAGUAUUACUCUAGCAACACCUGAAGGCUUGGAGAGUGCACAGAAUGGGGAAGCGGCAGACAAGGUGGCAGCAGUGUAUGCUGUCAAGAACCCAGAUGGAACUCCCAAAGUAGAUAGCCAGGGAAAGGUGGUGACCAAGAAAGAGGUGGUGACGCGUACUGAGUACCUGGAGAUGGAGCGUCAAGGGGAGAUCAUGGAGAGACCCAUGUCAGUGGCCGGGGAGUCGCUGCCCGCAGGACCGGAUGCUGAUGAUCUUCGGCUUCAAAGUGUUAGUAGUGACAUAUCUGAUGAGCAACGGAGCCUGGGUAGCCAGGCUUCCAUGACAACCAUUCAGAGCCUGAGGCCUAGCAGGCAGGCAGAAGAGACUGCCGUCCAGAUUCCCGACCAAGACAAGAAGGUCACCUUUGUUAAUGGGCAGAUGGUUAUGAGGCAGACACAGGCUUCAGGUGAUGAAAGUAUUAUCAUACGACCGACAACCGCAGGCAAGGUAAAGAGGGAAGCUGCCACCGCAGGAGAGGCAACCUACCCGGCGGGCUAUGGGACUCCUCCGUCCUCCCCCACCCACUCCAGCAUGCAGGAGCAGAUCAAGUUCCAGCAAAAUGAGGCUCUACGUAGGCUCCAGGAACUAGAGCAACAGAUGGUGGGUGGAGAGCAUAAGGACGACAAGGAGUACAAAGCUAAGAGGAUCAAGAGGAAGAAAAUAGCAGAUGAAAGGAAGAAAAAACUUAUUGAGGCCAAUGAACACAUGGAUGAUGAUGGGAUAAUGGUGGACAUUUACAACAGCAUCGGAGAAGAGCUGAAAGCUAAAAACAAAAUACUCGAAGAAGAAAAAGAUAAGGUUGCUUCACUAGAGCGGGACAUCUUGGACAUCCAGUCGGAGUUUGAGUUUGACCGCAUAGAUUACCUGGACACAAUCCGCAAGCAGGAGCGGCAGCUGAUGUUGCUCAACGACAUCAUUGAGCGGAUCCACCCAACCCUUCGCAAGGACUGCAACUACUCCAACUUGGAGCGAAUAAAGAUGCAGUGCAAGUGGGACGAAGAGGAAGGCAAGUGGGUCCUGCCACUGAUGAAGAUUGAGAAAACUGCAUUGCCUGUCACAGGUACAACGCUCCCAGGGGGCAUGGGAGGCAGUCGCAGUCCCAGAAUGCCCAACGGAGACCAUGAUGACUUUGAGGACAGAUUCAGAGAUAAAAUUAUGCGCACCCAGGACAAAUCUGGUCAGUAUUUCCAGACGAAGCGACCAAGUCAGCUAGUCUCAGAACCAUUGUCAAGAGUUGAUAUGACAGAAGUGAAGAAAAGCUACAACAUUCAGCCACAGGCUAUGUUGCCAGUGUCCAAUGGCCUCGGUCGCAACAGCCUGACCUCGAUGGACGAGCCUGUUAGCAACGGCCUGAAGGCUGCUCAGGUGCAUGGCCAGAUCAUGAACGAUGAGGGAAUGGUGCGCAAGCCUGGAAGACUGCAGGCCUUGGAUACCAGGGGCAAAAAGGAAAAGAAAAAGAAGAAGAAUGUGGAUUACUGAUGAUUGUUUUGUUUUUGUACUAGUGAUUUCCUGUAACUGACUAUCCUUCAUAUAAAAUAGACCUCUUUUUCCCUUGUUUAUUAGGACACGAUGUUAUAAGCUGUAAAUGGUUGACCCAGAUUGCAGGGGCAUCUAUACACUGACAUGCUUUUAGUGGAUUUUUCAUGCCCCCGGAUCGAAAGAUCGGGGGUAUAUUGUUUUUGGCCUGCCUGUCUGUCUGUCUGUCAUUGUGUCAGUCAGUGUGUGUCCCAAAACUUUAACCUUGGUUAAAGUUUUAUAACUUGCAAUAUUGAAGAUAGCAACUUCAUAUUUUGCAUGCAUGUGUAUCUCAUGGAGCUGCACAUUUUGAGUGGUUAAAAGUCAAGGUCAAGGUCAUCUUUCAAGGUCAAAGGUCAAAUAUCAUUGUAUUUUUUGUUCCUAAAACUUAAACCUUCGUUAAAGUUUGGUCAUAACUUUUUGAAUAUUAAAGAUAGCAACUUGAUAUUUGGCAUGCAUGUGUAUCUCAUGGAGCUGCACAUUUUGAGUGGCUAAAGGUCGAGGUCAUCAUUCAAGGUCAAAGGUCAAAUUUAUGGCUUCAAAGCGGCGCAAUAGGGGGCAUUGUGUUUCUGACAAACACAUCUCUUGUUUCUUUUUAAUGUUAUCCACAAAUUGAAAAGUUAAUUCUUGUCCUUUUUGUGUCACUUGGGUUUUAUAUAUUUCUUUUAUAUAAGUUUAAGAUAUUUAAGUAUGUAUUCGCAAAAAUCCUAUGAGUUCAAGUAUUUGACAUUAAUUUAAUAUAUAUAACUUAACAUCCCAUAUCAGCAGUUUUUAAAUAUCGUACAUGGAGAGUUUAUUCAAUAUUGCACCCAUCAUGAGAGUGCUAGUAGUUUUGCCCCUCGCGAGUGGGAAUAUAUAAAAAUUACAGCCUGAUCAGACAAAAGUGAUUCAAGAAAGCUCUGCCAAACAGGAAUUGUUUGUGUUAUUAUUUGUAUUUCAGAGAGAUUAUAUUUCAAAAUGUAUAUCUGUUAAAAUAGCAUUUGUCUAUCAUGCCAUUUCAUUUCAGAGGUGUUAUAAUGUUAUGUGUUAAAAUAGCACAUAUUUCAAUGAUGGCUAAGCUCAAUGACCAUGCAAUUGUCAAGAAUGAAGUUAAAAGUGAAGUAUUUUUAAAGGUACCUUUUCAAAGAUUUUGGCAGAUAUUGAAGUAAGUCAUUAAAUGCUUUAUAUUGAUAAAUGUAAACUCCAGUAAAAUAACAAGAACAAAAUUAAAGAAAGAAAAAAUAGUAACCCUCAACUGGGCUCGAACCACUGACCUCUGGAGUAAAAGUCUAUCGCAUAGACCACUCUGCCAUCUGUGCUCAUACAAUGAAUGAUGUAUUUAAUUUCUGUAUAUAAGCAAUCCUCAUAGUGUCAAAAAAUCUAACGACAACAACAGAACUCUCUAAAUUAUUCAAUCGUUAUGCCUUGCAUCGCUUUAUAAUUGUCAGGUUUUUAAAUCGUCAAAAGUUGAUAAAAUGGAUAUUUUAGAGCAUGGUAAAUGUUCAGUAUUACUGUUUCCUCACAAAUAGCAUAACUACAACGAAAAUUUGCGAAUCUGAAACAUUUUUUUAAAUUCUGUCAAUUUACCAAAACGUGAAAAGGUCCCUUUAAAUACAAUGAAGGUGCACUAUCUGGACAAGAGAACUGUUAUCAUUCAUAUGUCCCAUCAUGUAUCAUUUUGUGCAUGCAUAAUGAUGAUGUGCAUUUUUAUGUCCAUAUUAUUAAUAAUUGUUUUCUGUUAUUGAAUUAAAUAAUUGCGAAAACAAAACAUUCCAGAUUUAUGUGUAUUCUAAUGACUAGUCUAAAUUGUUUUAUUCUUAAGAGUUGAAAUGUAAUGCAAUCAUAGUAUUUAUUGUUUAAAAUAGUAACACAUUUCUGAUGUUCAUUAAUAAAUAACAUGGCAAUCAAUAGGUAUCAAUAUAUUGAUCACUUUCCCAUAUAAUUUAGUACAAGUAGUGGAAACAAAAUCAUGGCUGCUGUUGGUACUAUGAUUCUUCAUGUCAGUUAUUUUUAUUAUAAAAAUGUAAACAUAUGAAUGUCACAAAAUAAUUUCUUCUGCUGUCAAUUUUGCAUUAAUAACAUAGUGGUUAUGUUAAUCCUCACAAAUAAUUAAGUGAGUUUAUAUUUUCUCCUAAAUUAUAAUAAGUGAGCAUUCAUUAUAUAAAAGUGUUGCUAUGUUUGGAGCAAUUAUGGUCACUACUACAUUGUGUACACUAAAUGAUUUUCUUUCUAUUUGUUGAAAGUUUCAAAUCUACCAUGUUUGCCAGGUUGACCUUUAUAUGGCUAUAAGUGCUUUUGUGUAAUUUUCAAUGUUGCUACAUUGUUUUGUUGAUAAUAUUUAGUAGCCUUUUAUGAAGGUCACCAUACACUUUCCUUCUAGUUCCCCUAUUUGAAUCGUUUAAGUCAUUGUUUUUCAUUCAGCAUUUUAGAAAUAUGUUGGGUGCUCUCUAUAAGAAACAUUUGACGGUAAAGUGUUAAUUAUUGAGAUAAUAAUCAACAAUUUGAAAUUCCUUUCUGUAGGAAUUAAACCACACAAGUGAUAUUCAAAUUGGUUUUAUUACAAUCACCAGGACGCUAAACAGUUGGUUUUAACUGCAAUAACCAACACUUAUUAUUUUGAUUCUGCCACACAUUUAUAUAUCAUUUCUCUUCAUAAUAGUAAAACUAUUGUUAUAUCAAUUCUAACGAUUUUCAACCAAAAACAUACACACAUGCUUUUUGUGACAUCAACAUAACAAAUCAAUUCAAAAUGAUGUUUACUUCAUUCAUAAACACAUAGUAAAUGUGACGUUAUAUAUGAUCUUAAAUACUAUAAAAAAAUUAUUAUGUUUAUAAUGCAAAUUAGAUGUUAGAUUAACCAACCGUUUAUACUUUGAUGAACUCCGAUACAAAAAUUGUAUUAUUACUGUGUUUUUACUGUGCUGCAUAAUUCAGAUAUAAUUUGUAAAGUUUCUGUACAAUCUGCAUUCCAUAGAAAGCCAGUUGCGAUUUACAGUAGAAUUUUAAUUAAAUAUUUCCCAAUAAACUAGUUACUACAUUUUAUGUUGAACUAUAUUACCAAAACUACAUUGUUUUUUAUUUUGCAAUAUUUUGUUAUAAUUUACCUUUUUCAUUAUGUUUUAAAUCAUAAUAUAUUUAAAUACUUUACAUCAGCUGCUAUAAGCACAUAUCAUGUCUAUUGUUAUCCGUCCAACAGUAUUUUUCUACAUUUGGUUGUGCUUGACUCGGUGAUUUUGCAUGCUAUUUAUGUUUUGUUAUCAUAAAUAAAUUGAUGGUUUCCAGAAA